AUGAGAUAUUUGGUGUGCGGUGUGCUGACAGUUGGCCUGUUGGGCCUACUGUGGAUUAAUGCGGUGUCAUCUUAUGAGGCCCCGCACGAUUGUGAGUGGCACUAUGUCGACCUGGACAGCAAGGAAGUAUCAGUGAGUUGCAAACUUCGGACCAUUGAUGAUGAUUUUACUGCUGAGUUGCAACAGAUCAACUCUCAAGUAACAAGAACAUUACAGAUCACAUGCAGUGAUGUGCUCUUCUUCCAGAGCAGUUUGCAAAACCACACAUUCAUUCACAUCCAUUCCCUGAAGGACUUGAGCAUUGAAAAUUGCAAAUUGGGGGACAUACCAUCAUUGGCAUUCCAAGGCUUGUCUUUGUUAAAGAAUCUCUCCCUGCGUACAGAGAACACAGAGUGGUCUGCCAUGUCCCUCAAGCUUUCUCCUGGGUCCCUGGAUCCACUCAGAUCUUUGGAAUAUUUGGAUCUGAGUCAGAAUAAUAUUUGGGAAGUCCCUCCUCGGAUUUUCUGCCAAUUGAAAUACCUCAAGUUCCUGAAUCUGUCAGGGAAUCGAAUACAAGAAAUAGUGGAAUUGAGCUUCCGAGAUGAACCUUGUGCACCUGAACUUCUGACUUUAGAUCUCUCUCACAAUGAUAUAGUUGUGUUACCAUCUCAUGGAUUUCGUUCCUUGGGACAACUGAGAGAGCUACAUCUGGAGAACAAUGAACUUUCUAUGGUAGCAGAUCAUGCAUUAGAUGGUCUGUUGAAUCUGCAUGUUCUAAACAUCUCAAACAACAAGCUAGUUGCUCUACCACCUGAAAUAUUUGAAGACAGCAAAAAUUUGCGGCGCAUCUAUGCAGUGAACAAUUCCCUGGGAGUUCUUGCACCGGGCCUGUUCUCAGGACUCAAAGAAUUAGUUGUACUUAACUUUUCUUGGAAUGACUUGACAAGUGAGUGGUUUCGAGAGGAUACAUUCCAGGACUUGAAUCGCUUAAUUGUUUUGGACCUGUCUCACAAUCGACUGACUGAACUGACGCCAUCCAUGUUCAAGAAUCUUUAUGCCCUCCAGAUCUUACGAUUGAGUCACAAUGAGAUCUCUAUAAUUGGUCAGGAGACAUUUGGCUCUCUCUCCAAUCUCCACACUUUAGUUCUCUCGCACAACAAGCUCCAUGAGUUAAAUUCUCAGCACUUGAAUGGGCUACAGGUUCUGAGUGUCUUAGAUCUGGAUCAUAAUCAACUGAAAAACGUCCAUGAGAAAGCUCUAGAGAGUUGUAAGAAUCUCCAAAAGUUGAGCCUCAAUAGCAAUAAAUUGAGGGAAGUACCAAAGGCAUUGGCUCCUCUCCAGUUUCUGCGAACAGUGGAUCUAGGGGAAAAUGAAGUUCAAAACUUGGAAGAUGCACCAUGGACAAAGAUGACCCAACUGUUUGGAUUGCGAUUGAUUAACAAUAAGAUAGGAAACAUCACAAAGGAAACCUUCUCCUCAUUGCCUGCUCUCAAGAUCCUAAAUCUUGCACACAAUGAGAUUGAAAGUGUGGCCCAGAAUGCAUUUGAGAAGAACAAGAAUUUGCAUGCUGUUAGACUGGAUGCCAACCAUUUAAAGGACAUCAAUGGACUCUUCAGCAACCUUCCAAGCCUCAUCUGGUUAAAUGUGUCAGACAAUGAUAUUGAGUGGUUUGACUAUGCCCUCAUCCCAAAGAGCCUUCAGUGGCUGGAUAUCCACAAGAACCAGAUCAAGGAGCUGGGAAAUUAUUUUGAACUAGAAUCUCAUUUGGAAUUGGAAACCCUGGAUGCAGGAUUCAACAAAAUUACUGAGAUCAAUCGGAAAUCUUUGCCCGACAGUCUGAAGCUACUUUUCCUCAAUGACAAUCUCGUUACAAAAGUGGAACCAUACACAUUCCUUGAAAAAGAGAAUCUCACUAGAGUUGACCUCUUUGCUAAUCAGUUGGUCAAUCUUGACUUGAAUGCUUUACGGAUCACACCAAAGGAGAGUGGAAACCCUCUACCAGAAUUCUAUAUUGGGGGGAACCCAUUUCAAUGUGAUUGCCAUAUGGAAUGGCUUCAACGCAUUGGAAGCCUAGAUCAUCUAAGACAACAUCCACAAGUGAUGGACCUUGACAGUGUGUAUUGUAAGCUGUUAUUCAACCGCCAAAAGUCCUACAUGCCCCUUGUGGAAGCAGAUUCAUCCCAGUUUCUCUGCACCUAUCACACUCAUUGUUUUGCAUUGUGUCAUUGCUGUGACUUUGAUGCAUGUGACUGUGAGAUGACCUGUCCUGUCAAUUGCACCUGCUAUCAUGACCAGUCAUGGUCAGCUAAUAUAGUUGAUUGUUCAUCAUCUGGUUAUCGCACCAUCCCGGAUCGAAUUCCAAUGGAUGCAACUGAGGUAUACAUGGAUGGGAGCCUGAAAUUGGACCUGAGCAGCCAUGCAUUCAUUGGCCGCAAGAACAUGCAAGUUCUUUAUCUUAAUAACAGUGGGAUCCAUGAGAUAGGGAACAAAUCCUUCAAUGGCCUUCGGUCUUUGCGAAUCCUUCAUCUGGAGAACAACAUUCUGGAGAAACUCAAUAGAGUUGGCUUUGAGGGGCUUGUGAACCUCCGGGAGCUUUAUAUGCACAAUAAUCGCCUAAAGAUGAUUGGCAAUGACACAUUCAUGGGUCUCAAGAGCCUGGAGGUUCUGACUCUGCAUGGGAAUCAGCUGGUGGUGUUCCCUGUAUGGGAGUUUCCAUCAUCAAAUCCGUAUCUGGCUCGGUUGACUCUGGCCCAGAAUCCCUGGUCUUGUGAUUGUGAUUAUGUCAGUCGCUUUGCAGCCUGGUUAGAGCACAAUCAUCACAAGGUGUCAGACAUUGAGAUUCUUCAGUGCACUCACAAUGCCAGUGUGGUUGUAGUGGGCGAAAAUGCAUCUUCCCACUGUCAAGUCCCCCAGACUGGAUCGGCCAAUCGCGAUCUCUCGUCGUCUUCGUCUUCGGCGUCUGAUGGACACGGACCCGUGCUGAUCGUGGAACCGGCCAUUCUUCAUGAUUACCUGCCCUUGUUGUUAGGGACCCUGGGUGCCUUCCUGAUCGUCGCCAUCUUCGGAGUGUUGAGUUUUGUGUAUAGGAAGGAACUUCGAGUAUGGGCCUUCUCUCAUUGUGGCCUCAGGAUCUGUGGGAAGUCCGCCUUCGAGGGGGAUUCUGAGCGUCUCUUUGAUGCCUUUCUCACCUACAGUUCCAAGGAUGAAAUUUACGUGACCCAGAUCCUGGCUCCGGAAUUGGAGCAAGGGAAUCCGCCCUAUCGAUUGUGUCUUCAUUAUAGGGAUUUUCCAGUUUCCGCCUAUCUAGCGGAUACUAUCGUGGAAGCCGUGGAGAGUUCCAAGAGGACGAUCCUUGUGUUAUCUCCUAAUUUUCUUCAAAGCGAAUGGUGUCGUUUCGAGUUCAAGAGUGCCUUACAUCAAGUGCUCCGAGAUGGACGGAAGCGGUUGAUCGUGAUUCUUCUGGGAGAAGUGCCGAUCCGGGACUUAGAUCCGGACCUUCGCCUGUAUAUGAAGACGAACACCUGGAUCGUGUGGGGUGAGAAACAGUUCUGGCAGAAACUGCGCUAUUCCAUGCCAGACGUUGAGGCGAAGCCGCGGAGCAACAAUCUCCCUGUCCCUGCAUCCACCACGAUCCACGGCCACACCCACUCAUACCUCCAUCCCCAUCCCCACAUGAGCCUGGUGGGAGGAAGAGGAAGGGGGGGGAGAGGGGAAGAUUUGGAUUCUAGCGGGACUGGGACCUACGAACGCCCCUAUGCCACGGCCAUGGGGAAAUACAGCGGCCAUUCCUUGAACUCCUGGAGACCUCCAGCCAGUGCCAACACCUUGUUACAGCACCAUCAUGUGAGUGUCCUCGCGUCUACUUCCUCGCUGACCUGCCCUGCAUGA